GUGCUCGCUUAGCUGCAGUUCAUAAGAUGGUGGCGACGGAUAGCAGGGGAGUUAGUGCCCUUGUGGAAUCCUCGGCGAUUAAAGGCAAUAAUUGUAAACGGCCAGAUUCAACUGAUUUAUCCUGGGAACUGAUGAAAAAGAAAUCCAGCUUUGGUAAAAUGCAUUUGCAUAAUCUGGAACGUGAACAAAUGUCUGAAAUGAAGUGGGGAACAAAUAGGUGCAGUAUACAGAAGAAGAAGGCUGAGAAAAUUGCAAUUGGUGUGGAUGAAUUGUGUCUUGCUUCAGAUAAGCCUCAAAAGUGUAAGAGAGUGUCACGGUCCAGAACUCCAGGCUAUCAGAAAUGCAAAAUCUUGAAGUCAGGUUCAGUAUCAUCUUUGGGAAGUUGUUGCUCAUCUUCUGCUACCUCUCGGUCAGAUUCUGUUUCAUCCUCUGCCAGCUCACGAUCUGGUUCGAUGUCAUCAUCGAGUUGCUCUCGAUCGAGUUCGGUAUCGUCAUCCUGUAGCUCUCGUUCCAGUUCAGUCUCAUCUUCUGGUAGCUCUCAGUCAGAUUCAAUGUCCUCUUCUGGCAGUUCCAGAUCAAGUUCGGUGUCCUCGUCAGGCAGUUCCUAUUUGGGUUCUGUGUCCUCAUUAAAAAGGUACCGAUCAAGUUCAAAAUACACUAAUUCGGCUUCAAGGUCAAGAUGUGCAUCACGUGAGAAGAGAUACAAAAGAUCAAGAGGAACCCAUUCAAGAUCCCGGUCUCGAAGCUGCUCAAGGUCUUGUUACCGAAGAUCAAGAUAUCAUAUGUCGUAUCGGUCACCCCUCAGGUACCGAUCAAGAUCUAGGUCUAGCUUGAGGUACAGAAGAUCCCGCUCAGGAUCAAGGUCAAGAUUUUCAUCCAAGCGUCCAAGGAACUACCAUAGUUUUAUGUACAGAACCCAUUCUUCACACAGAAGUCGAAGCAGAUCAAGGGGAAGAUCUAUUCACUUAACACAAAAAGAUAAAAAUACUUUGCUUGAAAUAGCAAAGGCAAAUGCUGAUAAAUUAUUUGGAAAAAGCAGUAUUCAGAUGCCACCUAGCCUGAAGCCUACCAAUCCUUUCAGAGAUGAGAAUUAUAAUUUUGAGAAGUCCAACAUUGAUGCAGCUAAAGAGAUGAUCAGAAGGAAGCCUUGAAAUGGACUGCACUUCUUGGAAGAUAUGAGGUGGUAUCUUUGUAUCUGCAUGUGUGCAGUUAUUAGGGGCAGAUUGGCCAGUGUAAUAACUAAAGAUGGCUUUAAAAGAUGUGAUUAUAAAUGAACCUAUGGCACUAUCUACACCGUAAACAAAUGCAUUUUAUCAUUAUGAAAACGAUGGCUUUCCAUAUCUGUGCGUGAGGGAUGAAGCAUUCUGUUUUGUAUUUUUUCUUCUGAUCAGGGAGCUUGUGACCUCUAUCAAGCCAUCUUGUAGAAGUAAGGGGAGAAUGGAGAAGCUUGGUGUAUUUCUUCCCAGUCAAAAGUCAAGGCAGUGCUAUAUUUGGUACUUCAUUAUACUGCAUUGUCUCCUAAUUAGUUUUGUCAUGAUACAUUUUAAUUCCAGCAGGCCAAAUGAUAUUUAGUUAAUCUUGAUGGGAAUCGAGUGACGUGAACCAUUUGCCUAUGUCCAUUUCAUUUAAGAAGUCUGGCAGCUGACAGAAUUUUGGAUGGAAAUAAGCAGCUUCAUUGAUGUUGCUGUUUGUGUAAAUGUACUGUUCAGCCCAGCUGCAAAUUGCAUUGCACACGAGCCUCUUUCCAUUCACCUGUUGUAGCCCUUUUGUACAUUUUCCUUUUCUCUUGUGUAUUAUUUCUCUUGAAAGCUAUUUAACUGGGCUACCUGGGUGGUGCUAUGUUCCGCCAUGGUGCUAUGAAUAAAACAAUCCACUAUGCUGGUGCCAUCUUUUUCCCCAACUCCUCCCCUUACAUGGUGAUUGCACUGUCCUUCAUCUAAGAUGGAGGCGACUAUCCUGCACUCAAAUCUGGCUUGUCCUGUAUAACUCUGAUUCUGUUCUUUCUGUUGGCAUUUUUAACUCUGCUUAUUUUCAUGUCUGUAGUCUGAAAUUCUUUGCUCUUCUAUCCAUGGUUUUUUUUUUGGAAUAUGUAGGUGAUACUUCUAUUCCCAACUUUCCUACCAAAGUAAAUCACAGAUUCAGUGAAUUUAAUUUGCCAUCUAAGUGGUUAACUUUCAAUAUUUUGUUGUUACUACUUCUAAUGUGUAUGUUUUGAUACUAUAAUAUUUCCAGAACCAAUAUUUUCAAUAUUGAUCAUUGUAGAACAUUGCUUUCUAAUAUCUUUAUCCAGUAACUCUGCAUUACACCUGCUAAUUUGCCUUCCAUUGUUACUUCCUUGCUCCAUAUCAUCUGAUCUUUGAGAAUCCCAGAUCAAACUUCAGUUUACAUUAUGUGGAUGGGAAAGAGGCCACUUGUUUUUUUUAAUUAUUACUUUUUAUGGACUCUAGAGGCUACUUUAAACUUAGCAGAUGAAAGAAAUGCCAGUAUAAUAAGGGAAGGUUUUUGCCAUGAUUGAUUGCAACAGUAGGUAGGCAUGGUGUUACUUCUGUUAGCACUAACACUGUCAACAGUUCAACACAACUGACUUUGCUUUUCAAACUUAGGCAAUCCAUGUUAACCAAAUUGUUCAUCCAGAUGACCCAUCAAUAACUAGUUAAGUAUAAAUUUACAUUUUUAGUAAAAACCAUUUAUAUAGUCAAGAAUCAGCCUUGAACUUGAUAGUUUGAAUCAUAAGAUGCAAUUGUACAAAGAUCAGUUUGCUAAGGGAACACUAGCUACCUGCUCUCUGUAGGGUUGAGCCAUAAAUAAAAUUAAUGUUUGCACAUUUUAAUAGCAUUGCACUACCCCUGCUUUGGCCUAUGAUCCAAGAAACCUGUCGUGUUUCAGACACCUGUUUCCUAGCAGAAUUUAAUGUUCAAAUUGGCUUGAAUUUAAACAGCUCACAGCCCAGCUUUAAUUGGAAUGUGUUUUGCUACUACCUCAGUUUUGUUCAGAGCAGGAGUCUAUCCUCAAAAGAUACUGAAUUGACUGAUAAUAGCUAUGUAAUAGCUGAAGUUAAGGUAUGAGGCAUUAUUGGAUGCAGAAUGGAGGGUGCUUUGCUCUGCGUGUUAAUAGUGUACUUGACCUUGGAGUGAUAGAUCUAAUACUGGGCCAGAAAGCCCACUUGUUGCUCAUAAACAGAAGGUAAACAAAACUAUCAUGCCAUGCUUUAUGCAGCAAUGAUGUAUUUUACUUGGAAUAACAUUUUUAGUUCGCAAUGUCUGGAACACAGUUAAAGUAUUAAGUAGUUUAAAUAAUGACACUCAAGUCUACAUAACUUGGAUCAGUCCUUGAUGUUGGUUAUCUAUGAUUUCCCAUUGAUAAAUCACUUAGUUCCUCCAAGGGCACUGAGGCAUAUGAAGCUGAGGUUUAACUAAUUUCUGCUGUUGGAUUUGGUAUUGUCCAUGCAUAACUUCUGUUCUAGGAUUUUCUUGUCCUCAUAACUUAUUCACUGUGUUCCAGGAGGUUUUGAAUAUCAGAUCAUUGCCGAAGAAGAGGCCAACGUUUUUUGAAGAUAAGUUCAUUGGCUUUAUAGCCUAGAAUAUGUUAUCAACAUGGCUGCAUUCAGUUGUACACUCAAGUAUCAUUUGACACAUUACAGAAAGUGCUUGAAAGCAUUUGUGCUCUUAAUGGGAAUUACCAUGGAACCAAAUAAAUGCUUAUG